AUGGCCGACACAGGUGGCUGGAGCACUAUCGAGUCAGACGAGGGUCUAUUCACCUCCCUCAUCGAGACACUAGGCGUGCAAAAUGUCCAAUUUGAAGAACUCAUUUCUCUCGACGCAGACACAAUACGAUCCCUCGGCUCCGUCUACGGCGUAAUCUUCCUCUUCAAAUGGACCCGCGAAGCAGCAGGCGCCCGCGCCGAAGCCCCAAUCGACGGAGCUUAUGACGAAACCGCAACAGAAAAUAAUGUCUUCUUCGCCGCGCAAACAAUCCAAAACGCCUGCGGCACCCAGGCCAUUCUCUCCGUCAUCCUGAACCACGACAACCCGCCCAACCCGCUCCCGCCAAUCACCCUCGGCAACGAGCUCGCCUCCUUCAAGGACUUCACGACCGGAUUCCCGCCCGAACUUCGCGGCGAGGCCCUCUCCAACUCUGAGGCGAUCCGCACCGCGCAUAAUGCGUUUGCGCGCGCUAGUCCGUUCGCUGAUGAGACGGCUAGACCGCAGGAUGAGGAGGGCGGGGAUGUGUACCAUUUUAUUGCAUAUACGCCUGUGAAUGGGACGCUGUAUGAGUUGGAUGGGUUGCAGCCUCAUCCAAUUAGUCAUGGGGCGUGUGAUCCUGGUUCGUUCCCCGAGAAGGUGAUUGAGGUGUUGCAGAAGAGGAUUGCGAGAUACCCGCCUGGGGAGACGCAUUUCAACCUCAUGGCUGUUGUGGAGGACCCGCGGCCGAGGGCGCGCGAGAUUGGGGAUGCGGAAACGCUUGAGCGUGAGGAGAGGAAGAGGGCUGCGUGGCAGUGGGAGAAUACGCUGCGGCGGUGGAACUUUGUUGGGUUUAUUGGGGAGAUGGUCAAGGGGGUUGCUGGGGCUAAAGAGAAGGAAGGGAAGUUUGAUGAGUGGGUGCAGGCUGCGAAGGCUGAGACGAAGAAGAAGAUUGAGAGUCGACGAGGUUAA